CAGCGUCGGUGGCAUGACGAGUGGGAAAAGUGGACAAGUGCCGCAUGAAUCUGACCUCGAACCGUAAGCAGCAUUCUUCCCGUAUGCUCCUCAUAUGGGUACCAUUUAAGUCGGCGUUGCAUGCCUCCAGUUCAGCCCUCGGAUCACCCCAUGUCUAGAUCUGCAUCGACGGCCUGCUUGCGCGCUGCUUCUUGCUGUAGGGCUUUCACCCGCUUUCGCAGGGUCUUUUCCCCCUUCGCCGAGAGCCAGAGGUGCUCGAAGCUCUCCUUCGCCUGGUUUCUGUUGUUACUGUGGAUUCAGUAAUAGGACCCAUUUCUUGGUUUUGAGUGCUGUGGGACAUCCAGCUGCGUUUCCUGCGAUUGCUGGAGCUUGCCCAUCUGGUUCUGGGGCUGAUUGGAUCAAGUGGUUUUGUGGUGCUGAAACUGCCCUGAUCUCUAUGCAGUGGGUAGAAAUUAGGAGCAUAGCGCUCCGUUUAUGUUUUCGGAUUCCAUUGAGAUGGCCGUGAAGGGGUUGAAGAUGGCGAUCCCAAGAGCCCUCGUGAUGAUCAUCCUCCUCGGCUUGAUUGUUAGCAUCGGGUCAGUUGUUAGGGCAGACGAUGGUAUUUCCCCUUCAGAAGAGAAUGUCAACGAAAUUGUUUCUCUGAAAUCUGAGCUCCUCCUCCUCGAGAAGGAUUUGAAGACUAAGGAGGCGAUUUUGAACGACAAGGAGUUGAAGAUCAGCGAAUUGGAGCGAGAGUUGAAGAACCUUCGCUCUCACAAGGAUGAAUCCCAAGACCAUGGGCUCAUGCAACAGAAGAUACAAACAGCCGAGUCUAAGGCGCGUGAAUUGCAGGACCAGUUACAGUCUCUCCAAGAGGAAUCCCGCAGGCUUAGAGAGGAGGCACGAUUACACGCUGAAAAGGCAAAGUCUCAAGAAGAGACUGCAACUUUGCACAUGACGGACAAAGAGAAAGUCAUCAAGUCGUUGGAAGACCAGAGGAUCCGUCUCCAGAGGGCUGAGCGUGGUCUCCAGAUCGCCGAGGCUGCCAUGCUGAAGGCAAGAGCCGAAGCAGAGGAGAAGUCGAAGAAGCUCGAUAAGAUUCACCGGGCGUGGUUGCCCUUAUGGGCUGCCACUCACGCAGAGAUUCUCCAGAAAAUUGCCUCCUCUCGUUGGUCUACUCGCGGAGAGCCUGUGGUGAAGAGCCUCCAGAGAUCAGCGUCUUCCAAAGCCGCUGAUGCCCAUGAAUUCAUCAAGCCCCAUCUCGAAACUUUCCAGACCAAAGUGAACCCUGUGAUUAGACAAACAUGGCAGCAGGCCACUGAAGCUGUUGCUCCUCACCUUGAAACUGUGAAGAAGACGGGCAUCCAAACUCGCAAGUAUAUUGCUCCACAUGUGGAGACAGUCCAGAAGACUCUCAAUCCUUACGUGAAGUCUGCCAAAGAGAAGAGCAAGCCCUACGUCGAAAAGCUUUCGACUUAUGCAGCUCCCCAUUUGGAGCGAGUGAACACCAUAGCAGGCCCGCACUACCGCCAAGCUCUCACAGCAGCCAACAACUACCACGAGCAAGUGCAGAGCUACUUGAAGGAGCUAUUGGAGCAGUACGAGUUUGUGUCGCAAUUCGUGACGAAGGAGUCCAUUUGGUUUUUGGCCGCUGCGGUUCUCGCUCUUCCUUUCAUGCUAGCUUUCAUGUUCCUCAAAAGGCUUUUCGCACCCAAGCAGGUCGUGCAACACAAGAGGCACCGCAGCUCCCACAACGGCACCUCUUCCUCUAACAAGAAGCCCCGGAGGUCCAGGCAAACAGACAAGCUGGUGGAGAAGAGGUAGCUAUCGGUUAAACCUCAACUCUCCAUGCCAUGUUUAUGCACACAGGCAAUCCAUCUCCCACUGUUCCAUUGCUACCUCCCUGGCAUCUGGAAUCAAAAGCCAGAUCCUGGGAGCUGGUUAACAUAGCUAUUCCGGAGCAGAGACAGAGCGGAUCCUUAAGCCUUCAAAUGUAGCAUGCGCACCUCUCUCCACACUCUACUCCAGUUCGAUUAUCAUGUAAGAGAAAAAGAUGGAGCUGCUUAUGUCAAUUGUUGAUACAUGGCCCUUGUUAUUUGCGGAGAGCUUCAUCAAAUGUCUUUGAACAUUAAAUUUCCUGAAUUUCAAGGAACAGAGGUUUGUAUGAGCUCCCCAUUUUUCACUCACUGAUUUCUCAGCAGUUUAGUGGGCACCCACAAAUUUGCAUUAGAUUAUGGUUUCAGACCCUACACAGAAGCUUGGUUUUCUGCACAUACAGGUACAGAUAGGUUUGUAAGAGUUAGUGUAGAAAGUGCUGUGAACUGCAGUUGACAUCGGCAACUCUUUUUUAUCUUUCUGAAUAUCUGUGACAGCAUGAGGAGCAUUUAAGCGAUUGUCUUUCUAUGAA